GGCGGCCGGGCCGGGCAGCGGCGGGACCGGCCGGCCCCGCCUGCUUUGCAGGAUACUUUUCGUCGCUUGGAUGCUUCAUUCUGUGCCGCUAAUCCGAGCACUACCUGAGCUAAUCCUUCCUUCCAGGCUGGUGCCACAGCCUGGGUGUCGGUGCUGCUGCUGCAGGAGCAGCUCAGGAGAGCCACCAGGUGCUGACCCCGGGAGCAGCUGUCCCUGGGGGUGUGUCCGUGCUCAUGUCCCCGCCCUGAGCCCCCCCCCAGGAUGAGGAUCGUGGUGGCCAAGGUGCUGUGCCUGCUGGGCAUCUGUGUGCUGGUGCUGGCGGGGGCCCUGCUGCCCGUGAGGCUCAUCCAGGCCGACCACGAGAAGGCCCAGCGCUCCAGGAAGGUCCUGGCCCUCUGGAAUUCCUUUGGAGGAGGCGUCUUCCUGGCCACCUGCUUCAACGCCCUGCUGCCAGCUGUGAGGGGCAAGCUGGAUGAAGUCCUCAAGCAGGGGAACGUGACCACGGACUACCCCGUGGCCGAGACCAUCGUCAUGGUCGGCUUCUUCGUCACGGUCUUCGUGGAGCAGCUGGUCCUGAGCUGCCAGAAGGAGAAGCCCUCCUUCAUCGACCUGGAGACCUUCAACGCGGGCUCGGACGGCGGCAGUGACUCGGAGUACGAGAGCCCCUUCAUCGCCUCGCCCCGGGGCCGGGCCCUGUACGGGGAGCACGGGGGGCACCCCCCGCACCUCAGCCUGCCCGAGCUGUCCCGCUCCAGCCCCCUGCGCCUGCUGGGGCUGGUCUUCGCCCUGUGCACGCACUCCAUCUUCGAGGGGCUGGCCCUGGGGCUGCAGGAGGACGGCGGCAAAGUCGUCAGCCUGUUCCUGGGCGUGGCCAUCCACGAGACGCUGGUGGCCGUGGCGCUGGGCAUCAGCAUGGCCAGGGCCGCGCUGCCGCUCCGGGACGCGGCCAAGCUGGCCCUGGCCGUGUGCCUCAUGAUCCCGCUGGGAAUCGGCGUCGGGAUGGGCAUCCAGAGCGCCCGCGGCGCCGCCGGCGACGUCGUGUCCCUGCUCCUGCAGGGCAUGGCCGGCGGCACCUUCCUCUUCGUCACCUUCUUCGAGAUCCUGGCCAGGGAGCUGGAGGACAAGAGCCAGCGGCUGCUCAAGGGACGCCAGAGCACCGCGGGCAGGGGGGACAGCCCGGCACAGGGGGCCCUCCCGAGGUUACCUGCAGGAGGAGGAUUUCUUCCCACGUGCUCAGAGGGAGAUGAUGAGGAACGUCCCGAGGGAGUGUCCCUGGAGAUCAGCUGGCACAAACGUUAAGGACCUGGUUAAAGGCUGCUUCCGAGAGCUCCUCGAGUGUGUGUGGCUUCCUGCAACCUCCACAAUGCCCCUCUCCCUCCUGCCCCUCGCCCACCCUCCGGAACGAGCCGGGAGCCUGGUCCAGAGGCUCCGAGGAGGUGAGAAACAGGACCGGAGCAGGUGGGAGCAGGGAUUGCUGGGCUAAGCUGCUUUGGCUGGCUUAGUUUGGAGCAAAACCUGGUUGUAAGAGCUGCCAAAAAUAACAGCCCUGUAGGGCUCCAGCAUUCCCGGGGUGCUGCUCCCUCCAGCACAGCUCCCAGUGCAGCCCCCCGGGGCUCGGGGAGCGCGGCUUUCCUGGGGAUUGACGGAGAAACGAGGCCGGGCCCCCCUGCCCUCCUUCCUUCUCUGCAUCUCAUCCAUAUGCUGAGCUUUCCCUAAGGAAAAACCUCCUUAGGUUUUAGCAGUGUGCUGACGGAGUGUUUGGAAAUCGUAGGAUGAAUCCCGGGAUGGUUUGGCUUGGAAGGGAACUUAAAGCUCAUCCCACCCCACCCCCUGCCAGGGGCAGGGACACCUUCCACCAGACUGGGUCGCUCCAAGCCUUGGACGAUUCCAGGGAUGGAGCAAAUCCUUGCAUUAUCCCUGUCCAUUCCCUGGCACUCCCAGGGCCCGGGAUGCAGGAGCUUGCAAGAAAGGGGCAGUAACAAUUUCCAGCAUUAAUAUUUCAGGGAAAGCACUUGUGUUCUCAGAGCUCUGCAGUGAGAGGGGCUGAGCAGUCGGAGCAGGGGCUGCUCCCAGGCUUUUCCAAGCUUCCAGAGGAAUGGAAUCUCUUCCCUGGGAGGGGGGGAAGUGAGCUGGUGGAAGGGCUGCUGAGAGACACAAGCAGAUCUCCGUGGCUGCAGAGCAGGGCCCCGGGGACGCUCCGUGCGCCGCUGGUCCCUUUGGAUGUGCUCUCCGGGGUGAGGAGCUGGGAUCAGAGGCUGGAGCUGGGAACGAGCUGUGUGGCACAGCGGGGCUCAGGCAGGGGCUGCAUUUUAAUUACCCGGAGCCGCCGCUCCCGCAGCAGCUUCCGCCGGGCUCCUGGAAGCGCUGAUGGAAUCGCAGGGAUGGCGCAGUGCCGGCAGCAGGAGGGAGGCUCGGAGCCGCCGCGGUGGCCCAGCUGCAGCAUAUGGAGGCAGCUGAGCAUCAUCUGACAGAUCCUGGGGCUCGUUAGUUUAAUUGCUGCAACAUCCCCGAGUCAAUUAAUCUUCCUUUGAAAACCUGGAGUGGAGGGGGGGGCGGAGGGAGGUUAUUUUGGGCCUGGGAUGACACAAACGAGCAGGAUGAGGGGAACGUGAUUUGCCUCGGCGUGGUAAAGCCUCGGGGCUGUCUCACCUCUCCUGGGGGGUGACAUCGAACCACGAGGGGGGGUUCUCUGUGCUGGGGGGGGCGAGGUGGCACCAGGCUGAGUGUCCCUUUUUGUGCCGUGCCCUGCCUUUCACACCCUCCUCCUGCUGGAGUUCGGGAUCGGGGCUGCCCUGGGGGGGCUGUGAAGUGCAAGGAGGUGCUGAGCUCCCCCCUCCUCAUCCUGCUGCCCCGGGGGGGGCUUAUCCACGGUACCAUCCCGUGCUCCAGGGUGGGUGUCGGAGCGGAGGAGGCUCCCAAUAAACUCCCUGCCCUUCUC